AUGCCAGCUCCCUACAGACCUCCCUUACGUGGACUCGAGAAGGAAACGAGCGGUCUGGGUUCUGCUGCGAUAGAUCUUGCUGGUAAUGCUGAAGAAAGCCUUUAUCCUACUGAAAGUAAUGAGCUCUCUUUGUUUAAAACAACUCUUCCUACUGUUGGAGGUUCUUACGAGUCUGGAAACCUUUCAGACCACCGGAAAGACGCUCAAGAUGUCAGCUUUGAGGCGGUGCAAAACAUCUUUCAGGACAGAGAGCAUCAGAUUUUUCUUAUGGUACUGGGUGCUGUCGUGCUUUGGGAGCUGUUGGCUACAUCUCUCGAAUGGACAGUGGAUGAGAAUCUCUAUGAAUAUCUCGACUUCGUUGAUGCGACUGACAAGUAUGGCAAGCUGUGGAUUUGGAGUUACCUGGGUGCAUCUGUAGGCGCCUGCAGCAUUGCCAUAUUCGUGGAUCAACUGCAUUGCUUCCUCAGCAGUACAAUCACUCGCCUCGCUGUCCAUUUCUAUGGCUAUGCUCUCCUGAUAACACUCUCAUUGCUUGUCAGUGUCUUUUUUCCCAUCCAUGUUCCCAAGAGAACCGACCAUGUUAACAAAACCGCCAAAGCCCUGGCCCUCCUGUGGAGCGAUGGCCGAGCGAUCCUGUACGCCAUCACAGUCUUCCUCGCAGGCGCAGCUGGGUCUGCGGUGCAGAACUUUCUCUUCUGGCAGAUGCAGGACCGAGGCAGCAGUGAGCUGUACAUGGGGCUCUCCGUGGCUGUUGGGCUGCUUGCUGAAAUUUUGCUUUAUUUCUUCAAAGGGAAGUUGCUGAGGACCUUCUCGAGCAUCAGAAUUGUUGCAGUCAGUCUAAGCCUCCUGGCAGUACAGCUUCUGUGCUACUCCUUCUUGUGGACUGCGUGGUCAGUUCUUCUUGUCCAGAUUUUAUCCGCCUUCAGUAGCGGUGCUUUGUGGUGGGUGGUUAACAUGACGGUGGAUGACAUAGCCACUCCAGGCAUGGAGAGGUCCCUGCACGCUGUCCUCCAGAGCCUCUGCUACGGUGGAGGAGCAAGUUUGGGCAGUUUUGCAGGGGGAUUUGUCGUGAAGCACUUUGGCCUGGCAGUUCUGUACAGGGCGUGGUGCGUGUGCCUGGUGCUGUGGCUCUUCUUGAUCUUAAUUGUCCAGUCUAAAUUGCCGCGGCAGAAAAAAAUUAAUUAUUCUCGUCUCCUGGCUGCUGAUUCCAGUGAUAUGAGUGACUCUGACGAGGAGAACGAGAGGGACUGGCUGGUGAAAGCUAUGAAGGAUGAAAGCUUUAAUAGGAAUUGGUCACAACAGCAUGGGAUCAACUAAUCUGUACUUGAAUGUAGGGGGUGAAGUGGUAACGUGGUAUGAUGAUGAUGCCCGGAAAUUACCAUUAAUUCUAAAGUGCUAAAUAUAUACAGUAUAUAUCUGACGAGACAGAUUUUUAUUUUAAAAAUUUUAUAAACCUUUUUAUUAAUUUAUAGCAUUCUUGUAGUAAUUUUUCCUUUUUAACUUAAUGAUUUUGCUUCCAAAAUCAUAACAGGGUAUUUCAGGUAUACAUUUGCUGAAAUGAAUGUAGCUAUGUUUUUAGUCAAAAAGCAAACUUGAAUUGAAUUCUUGUUCCCAGAGCUGAUGCUGUGGAAACUGUGAGCGAAAGCUGUGACCUGUACUUUGACACAAUUGAAUGAAAAAUACUGUAAUGCACACUAAACUUUUUCAAGGUGCUACGUCUGUGAACUCCUUUCACUGAAUAAGGGAUGUGAAUAAAAAAAUGGU